AUGGCAUCGAAAUUGGCAAGAGAUUGCAGUCAAUCAGCGCCAGAUGUAAGCGGUCAAGCUCAGACAGCAGAAGCUGUGGGUGACAUGCAACGGGCCUUGAAUCGGCAGAAGUAUCUUCGUGGUAACAAAGAUAAACAGGCGGGGCGAAAAGGGGCAUUGGAGUCUAUGGUCCAGGAACCCGUUCAUGAAAAGGAUCCCAAGAAAAUCCAACAAAGGGGCGUCCGCCGGCCUGGUCUUCCUCAGCAGUAA